AACGUUUUCUCCAUUGCCACUCUCUGCUCCAACCUCCUCUUCUUCUCUCUCUAUAUAAAUCCAUGGCCGGCCAAUAGCCCCAUUUGAUUCCAUUUUCCCCUUCUACUCCCCCCCCCCCCCCACACCCCACCCAACCCCUUCUCUUCUUCACAUUCUAUAAAUGCCAAUAUCUACAGCCCUCCCUUAACCUGAAAAUCCCCUUUUCUUCACUGUUCUUCGUAUUUGAGCUGAUUGAUUGUUGUACUUGUUCAGUAUUCUCUGAAGUUGACAGUUUCGAGAUGUUUGACCUCAAUGUUGGUUUAGAGGAAGAUGUAGUAGAAACUGUUAAUACAUUUGAGAAGCUGAACGAACUAUCAGUCGGACAAAUUGAGAAUUCUGGGACAUCAAAUUCAUCUAUUGUGAAUUUGGAAAGUUCUAGUAACGCCGGUGAUGAUGAGUUCAUUUCGGGUUCCGAUCAUCAUCAUCAUCAUCGGCAUCCUGAUGAAUACGCAUUUGAUAUUUUAACUAAGGAGUUUUUCCCGUUGACCGGUGGAGAAACGACGGCGGUUGCGGCGCCGGAGUUGGAGAAGAAGCAGCAGUGGUUGGAUCUAUCAGCGAAUUACGGUGGUGUUCCGAUGGAGCAGAGGGUACUGGUUGCUCCUCCGCCGCCGCAGCAGAGACAGCAAGUGAAGAAGAGUAGAAGAGGACCUAGGUCUAGGAGUUCUCAGUACCGUGGAGUUACGUUCUAUCGAAGAACUGGACGAUGGGAAUCUCACAUCUGGGAUUGUGGGAAACAAGUUUAUUUGGGGGGAUUUGACACUGCACAUGCUGCUGCUAGGGCAUAUGAUCGUGCUGCGAUUAAAUUUAGAGGACUUGAUGCAGAUAUCAAUUUCAACGUCAGUGAUUAUCACGAUGAUCUAAAGCAGAUGGCGAAUUUUUCAAAGGAAGAGUUUGUGCACAUACUUCGACGACAGAGCACUGGAUUUGCUAGAGGAAGUUCGAAAUACAGGGGUGUAACAUUGCACAAAUGUGGACGAUGGGAAGCUCGGAUGGGGCAGUUUCUUGGAAAAAAGUAUAUCUAUCUUGGACUGUUUGACAGCGAGAUAGAAGCUGCAAGGGCAUAUGACAAGGCUGCUAUAAAGUGCAAUGGAAGGGAAGCAGUCACCAAUUUUGAGCCAAGCACAUAUGAAGAUGAAUUAAGUACCGAGGCUGAUAAUGGAGACCAUAACCUUGAUCUGAACUUGGGAAUAGCCCCCUCUGUUUUAGCUGGUGACCAGCUUGGCAACACGUGCCAAAUGGGAAACUAUGAAGUCCAGAGUGCCUCGAAUGGUUUGCCUAGCUAUAUAGGAGCCAUGAACUCUCCUUCUACAGAAAUGGGAAGCAAACUGCCUCAUGGCAAUCAACUGCUGACUAAUCGCCCUCUGCUCUGGAACGGAGUGAAUACCAGCAUCUUCCCCACGUUUAAGGGAACAGCAUUAGGGAAGGGUAUGGAAAUUGAUUCUUCACCAAAUUGGAGUCCUUCAGUGCCACUCUUCUCUACUGCAGCAUCAUCAGGAUUCGCUAAUUCAACAACAGCUGCUGCUGCUCAUCUCCCCAACUUUUCCAACAAUAUGAACUUUGCUCAUUAUUACUGCAGGAGCUGAAGUAGUUAGCUAUUGGAUACAGAAAUAUCUUUUCUUCAAAUUGGAUCCUAGUUUCCUUGGGAAUGAGCCAGUAUGAAACUUGAUAAAUUUGCUAUAUAAAAAGUUUCAGGACAGUAUUUUUACAUUGCUUUGACAAUCUGACUAUUAUUGAGAAUAUUCAUUUGGAGCUUCAUGCUCAA